AUGACCACUGAAUCAGUGGUAAGAGUAGUGAUAACUGAUGAAGUGCUAGUGUGCUCCAUUAGUACUUUUGUGAUGUUCAGAGAAAUCAGGGAAAAGCUCAAGGAUAAGGGGUGGUCCCCAGUGGGAAAUGGAUGGGAAGACAGAGACAAGAUUCGCUCAGGAUACAUAGGCAUAUCUGGGUUGGAAGGGCAACCCUACGGCAUUGUCACCAUCACUGAUAUCUUCUGUCCUUGUCAUGUCACAUUGUCCUCUGAUGCCACAUCUGGUCAUGUUGAGCCACUGCAGAGAUUGAGCUUGUUCUCUGUUGCUGAGUGCCAGAUGGUGAAGAGUCCUUGCUUUACAGAACGAGCUUACAGUCCCACAUAUAGAAAAGAAGGGGACCUAAUCCUAGGGGGCUUUUUCUCCUUGUUUCUGAAGAAAGAGAAAAAAAUGUCAAAAGACGCUUCACAAGUUCCCCUGAGUGGAGUGGUGUGGAAGAACGGAGGUCAUCACAAUGUCAACAGAGAUAAUGAUGUUGGGCUCCAAACUGAGGUGUGGGAAAUGCACCAAAUUUCUCAUUCCUUCUGUGAGUCUUAUGUACUCAGCAGGUUGAUGAUCAAAGAUUACCAACAUUUUCUUGCUUUCCAAUUUGCUGUGGAUGAGAUCAACAAGAAUCCGCAUUUGCUGCCCAACAUAACCUUGGGGUAUCAGCUCCUCAAUAACUUCCAUAACAACAAACUAGCUGUGGAGAGCUCCUUGAUAUGGCUGUCAGGGAAGAGCCCUGUGAUCCCUAACUAUAGCUGUGACAGACAGUUCAAUUCAGUGGCUGUCAUUGGAGGGAUGUCACCUUCACUGUCCAUGUCCAUGGCCUCCAUUCUAAAGCUGUAUAAAGUCCCACAGGUAAGGCUAUGGCCCUUUGAUCUUCUCCUGACUGAUAAGGUCCAGUAUCCAUAUGUCUAUCAGAUGGGCAGAAGGGAAUCCACUCUUCACCUUGCAUUCAUCCAAUUGCUGCUACAUUAUGGCUGGACUUGGGUGGGACUGAUGAUUUCAGAUAACAAAAGAGGGGAAAUUUUCUUCAGUGAUCUGAAUGAGGAGAUGGUCAAGAAUGGUAUAUGUGUGGCUUUUAAGGAAACAAUUCCUGCAUAUCUUUACCAAAUAACUCAUGAAGAAAUUAAACUCAUUUAUAGAAUCAUGAGAUCAUCAUCAAAGGUGAUUUUUAUCUAUGGAGAUACAGACUCCCUUCAUGAACUUUCUACAAUAUUGCUUAAUUAUGUACUAUAUGGGAAGAUGUUGGUCACCACCUCUUCUUGGGAUUUUUCUAUAGAUUCUAGUUACACAUUGUAUAGCCCUUUUCAUGGUACCAUGAUAUUUUCUCAUUCCAAGAUGGAGAUUCCUGGUUUCACAGAUUUUGUAAAAAGGCUAAAUCCCAGUAUGAACCGUGAGGACAUUUUCCUAAAGUCUUUCUGGGAGUUACUCUUAAAUUGCAGAUUUUUAGAAAAAAGUCAUGUGGAAAUGAAAUAUUUUUCAUGUCCAGAAGAUAUUUCCUUGAGUGAUUUUGAAACCAUAAAUUUUGACAUGAUCAUGAUGGAACUGAGUUUUAAUGUGUACAGUGCAGUAUAUAUAGUUGCCCAUGCUCUCCAUCAAAUGCUCCAGACUGAGGCAAAAGAGACACCAGAACAUGUACCAACCGCAGAUCUUUCUUGGAAGGUAACAUUUCUCUUCAACUCUUGUGCUUAG